AUGGCAAGUGCUCUUGAUGAGAUGAGCAUUACUGAGAAGAAUCACAUUAAAAGGAAAAGUUGGAGGAUGGUGGGAUUAGCUUUCUUAUGUGCGUUUGCGGUUCCUAAAGAUACUAGUCUUCGGGAAAUCACUGGUGGGAGCAGCCAUGCUAGUAAUGUGAAAGCGAGUGUUUUUGAUUUGAAUGCUAUAGAAGUGGACUAUAACAUUAAUACUGAUUAUCAAGAUAGUUUCCUCCCAGCAAGAAACGCCAGACAGAAAUACUACCAUGAUCUUAAUGAUACAAUGGCUAGGGAUUACGAAGCCAAGCUAAAACUACAAAUUGUGGCCGGUUCCCUAACAAAAGCUACUUCGGCUGCCCGUUUGAUGAUCCCACCAGUCUAUUUGAUACGUGAAGAUGAUCGGGUAACUCCAGUAUCUUUGCAGGAAAUUAUGAUAGCCGCUCAAACAUUAGGAAGAGUUAUGAAUGAAGAACGAGUGUUCUGCGGACAUAACUCAUCCUUCAAGAGCCCGGGCUGUACAGCUGGUUUCUCAAGACGAGCUGCAGGCGAGGAGUUCGAUGCUGCUGAGACCUGGAUUAGUUUGAUUCUCAAACUUGCUCAUACCCAGGGAAAUUUACAAUACUGCGCUUCAAAAAAAAAUACAAAGGAUUAA